AUGAGUGAACCUCAAGCAGACCGUAUCUUAUCAAUUGCAAAUCAAGAGACAGUAAAUAGAUUAUUCAGAGUAUGCUAUAAAUAGAUUACAGGUUAAAAAUAAAUUGAAUAAUUAGGUUAAAGACCUGUUGGUAAAUUUUAAGAUAGCGAUCAUCAAGCUGUAUUGAAUUGUCACAGGAGAAUGGUUGAGGUACUAAAAAUUGUUGCACCUGCAAUUGUACCUUUAAGAGAAGAAUGA